AUGAAUCAACGGGGGGCAGCGAGCAGCGGCGGAGGCGGCGAGAUGAGGUACAAGGGGGUGCGGCGGCGCAGGUGGGGAAAAUGGGUGUCGGAGGUGAGGGUUCCGGGGAAGAGGGAGCGGCUGUGGCUGGGAUCUUUCGCCACACCGGAAGCUGCCGCGGUGGCCUACGACACCGCCAUGUUCUACCUGAAGGGGCCCUCCGCCGCCGCCGCCGCGGGUCUCAACUUCCCGAGGAGGCUCCCCGCCGGCGCGUGGGCCGGUCUCUCCCCCCGGUCGAUACAGAAGGUGGCCUCGGACAAGGGCGUGGCGGCCGACGCCGAGCUGGCCUCCAGCUGGCUCGUCCCUCGCCGGAAGCCGCCGGAGAAGCCUCUCACUGUGCUCGGCGGCGGUGCAACUCGGGGAGAGAAGCGUGUUGUUGUCUUCCCCUUCGAUACCUCCGUCGACGACAUGGACAUUUAUCUGUAA